AUGAAGAAAGAUUUAAGUAAAAGACCAGUCAGAGCGAGAAGAAAGAAAACUAUGAAUUCGUUGUAUUAUAACAGCGAUUACAGUAAUGACUUAAACAGCGAAGAGUCCAAAGGUGAAAUGAGUUUUCUAAAAGGAGAUGAAGCGUCAGACGGAUUUGAAACGUCAGGGAGGAGUAAAACAAAGGAGCAGAGAAAAUAUCAUGACAUGUAUAACCACAACCAAAGGGUGGGAAACAACCCAAUGAUGAAUGACCUCAGUGUAAAUGCGCUCAUAUCGCAUGAGAAUAAAAAAAAUGACUUCUUUGAUGAUAGUAACAACUUAAAAGAUUCAAGUGACAAUGAAAAAAGAAUUAAAAUAAGAAACCACCGGGCGCAAAACGAAGAAAUUUUGAACAUAAAAAAUGAAAUAAAAAUGGAGCAUAAUGGAAGUAACAACUCACUUAGGGGAGAUAAAGGGAAGAGCUACAACCCCCGUGCAAAUGCUUCGAGCAAAACGAAUUGUAAUCGGGCCAAGCAUUUAUCCAAUAAUAAUGAGAAUAAUUAUGCCAAAAUGGCAGAAAAAUUACCUCACGUAGUUGGUGUUCGAUUUGACAAGUCACAGAACAGAUGGCUAUCCGGCAUUUGUAUUAAUGGAAGGUGCAUCAAUAGAUACUUUCCUGUUUAUAAGUAUGGGUUCGAGGAGGCCAGGAGACUAGCCAUACAACACAGGAAAAAUUUCGAAACGGCCAAUUUGGGUCACUUGAAGAAGCAGCAAGGCGAAUCGAAAACGUCCCACCUGAAUCUUCUGAACAUCAAUUCGCAAAUACCAAAUGGAUUUAAAGAUAUCCAAGGGAAAAACAAACUGAUCUUCAAGUAUCUGUCAUACGACUCCAUACAAAAGGAGUGGGUAGUCACGUAUGACUACGACAACAAGGUCCUUGUCAACAAAUUCCCAGUAGACAUUUAUGGAUACAAUAACGCGUACGAAAUGGCCGUUCAGUGCAUCAACAAGUUGACCGUCUGCAAUCAGGACGAAAUGUGUAAAAAUGUCAACCAGGAUGGCAGCCAGAGUGCCAGCCACAGUGUCAGCCAGAGUGCCAGCGCCGGCCAAAUUGCAAAAAUGUUCAAAGGCGAGAGUAUGAAAGGACUAAUUGGGUUAGAAAAUGAACUGAGCGAACAAGGUGGCGUUGUUUCUUCGUCCUUCGCACAACGUAAAGAAAAAACAAAUAAACUGUUUAAACUAGCGAACAAGCUAUUAACGACCCCCAUUGACAGUGAAGAAAUGAAUGGGCUAAUUUCUCAUCCAGAAAAUGAUAGAUACAACGGGGGUAGUAAACAUUUCGUUGGAGGAGAGUACAGUAAUAACACGUACAGUGAAUACCUUUCUGAAAAGAAGCAGAAAGUGGGACUACCAGAUUCGGAUGUAGGGAAUCCUCGUUCGGACAAAAACACUCACCCAAAUGAAUAUAACAGUUUUUACAAAAAUGAAACAUCGUUUUUGAGUAACGAUUUUCAUUACCUUAACAGUGCCGCAAAGCAGAUAAACUCCGCGAACAGCGCGAUUGAAAAUGAUGAGGAUAAUGAUUUAUUGGAGGGUCUCAAAGGCUUAGCCCCCCGUGCAUAUGGAGCAAGUAACAACAACAGUGGGAAUGAUAGCAGUAGUACUCAUUUCAAGCCCGACUUGUACAACGAAUCAAGUUACGCAGCAGUGAAUGCCUCCAGUUUUCCCCUCGUAGAGGACGAUGAAAUUAUUGGAAACGUUUUUGACAGUCAUAAAAAUAUUCUUACAAACAAUAGUAGUAGUUGUAGUAAUAUACGAGGCAAAAACAGCAACGCACAAUCAAGUUUGGCCUACUUGAGUAGUAUGAAAAAACACAGUGAUGACAACAAUGCCAAGAUAUUGCACCUUCUGAACACGAGCCUUAUAAACGAGGAAGACCAAAAUUCUUAUCACCUUUUGAACAACGUACUUAAACAUGGAAAAUUGAAUAAGAAAUCCAUCGACAGUGAUAGCAACACGGUCAAUCAUACGUUGGAUGAGGAGGAAAAUGAAAAAAGGACAGUAGGAGUAGUCAAAUGGAACCAUCUAAUGAAAAACCAGGAGUAUGAAGCGAUAAACAAUAAUGUCGACUAUAGCAAUAAUAGCCACAACGUGAAUAACGCAUGUAGUAGUAGUAAGAAGAAUAAUCCCUUUCAAGGGAGUACCAGUGAAGGCAUAACGAAUCCGCAAAUUCUUGAGGCCUUCUUAAAAUUGAACAACGGAAAGGGUGGAGGAUUAGACUCCUCCAUAAAUUUGGACGAAAGUGACCAACCGAGGGAAGACAAACAUGUGUCAAGUGAAUCACGACACUAUGGUGAGGAUACCGGAGAGGAGGGAAGCCACAGCGACGAAAACGAGCUUAGCAACCGGGGGGAGGAAAACCACGCCUUUGGCCAAUUUUUCCACAGAGACAGAGAAACAGAAGCACGAGGACGUGCCAACAAUGAUGAGGAGAAUUUCCAAAAUGAAGUAGGAAAAAAGCACAAAAUGAAUCCACAUUUAAAUUACGAAAAUCUGCUCCACUUUAACAGAAUGAUAAAAAAAAUGAUGAACAAGAAUAAUAAUAAUAAUAGCAAUAACAAUAGUAAUAGUAAUUAUAAUAAUGCUGAAAAUCAUGAGAAAAUUAUUAAACGAAUUAACACUUUACUGAAUAUGAGUGCUGCCUCUGUGGGGGAUAAAGCGACUGAAAACGUAACGAAUGCGAACAGGGAAAAUGAACAGAGCAGUUAUGGUGCUUCCACCAUGAAUGAACUGCAAAGUUUAAUCAAAAGGAACUUGGAAGAGUCUAUCAAUUAUGACGAUUAUAUCACAGUGAAGGACGAACAAGACGAUGAUGCGAUGAAUGGUGACGCGGAACGGGGGGACGAUACCACUCCUCUAAAUCAUUUCGAAAGUGAAAACCACGUGCACGUUUCUCCGGAUGAUAUUGCUACUUAUCAUACGAGCAGGAAUGGAGACGUCGUAACGAAUAAGCCAAGCAGUGACGAAGAGGCAAACGUAGUUAUUCAGAAGGAGGGAAAAUCGGAUGGAGAAAACUCCCCAGAUCAGGAUACACAAAAGACGGAAGGGGAAUGCCCAGAGAAAAAUGUGGAAAAUUUAACCGACCAAAAUGAAGAGAACAACAUUACGCCAAAGGAUGCCAUAACAACAACGCAGAAGGAGGAUAACUCAACGGAAAGAAACCAACUGGAGGAAGAAAAAACAAACCAAGAGGAGGAAAAAAGAACAGACCAAGUGGAGGAAGAAAAAACAAAGCAAAACAUCGAAUGUAACGAAAUUGCUCUCAUGUUUUACCCAUGGAAAAAAGGCAUACAGUGGAACGAACAAAGAAAUAUGUGGGUAUGCAAAUUAUGGGACGAAAGCGGAAACGAAAUUACAAAGCAUGUCUACGUAAAGAACAAAGAGGGCGUAGAAAUUGGUUAUAACUACUGCUCAAAGAUGAGAAUGAAUUCAUUUUCUUUUUACUUAAGCACUGAAUUGAAGAAGUUCCCUCCAAUUGAAGAAAUUUCGUAUGACCUGCAAACCCUCUGCUUUGUGGUGAACUACAAAGAUGAGGAAAGGAAGAGGUACUCAUUCGAAGGGGGAAUAUGCAGGGCGUUCCAGGAUGCCGUGGAGUAUUUGAAUAAACGAAAGGGAGAGGAAAACGACGCAGCAGAACAUGCAGAAAAGGGUGGCGAACAGCUUGACGGUGGUGCUGAUCGCGGUGAUGGGGAGGGCCAAACUGGAGCGGAGGAGCAGACGGAGGCUAAUAGCCAAGUGGAGGCGAAUAACCAGAUGGACGUCAACAAGCAGACAGAUGAAAAUGGCGAAACGGAUGGUAACAAACAGACAGGUGAAGAUAACCAAACGGAUGGCACCACCAAAGCGGACGCCAACCAAGGCCCUCACAACAUUGCCGACUUUGUCCAGGACGAAAGGAACCACGCCCAGCUAGACGACACCUUCAAAGAAUUGAACUACUUCGACUACAGUAAGAAAUUACCAACCAGUAACACCUGCGAGCAGACCAGGGUAGCCUACAACUUGAAACCCUGGGUAAAAGGAAUAAUUUGGGAAGAGAAAAUGAAAAAGUGGGUUGUGUUCUUUAAAGACAUAAAUAAAAACCUUCGAAUCAGCUUCUUCAAUCCAUGUGACUAUAAUAACGAUGUUAUUCUGUCCUAUAAAAAAUGCUGUGAGUAUUUUCUUCAAAUUAAAAAAUCAAACAACUUUGACGAAAAUAAGGAGGAUUUUUCUGAGUCCAUUCGAGACUUCAUUAACAAUUUUGAAUUUGACAACACCACCAGUGAGAAUCACCUGAAUGAAGAUAACAAUGAGGAGGAUGAAGAUGACGAUGAAGGUGGUGCCGGGGCAGAUCUGAUUCAAGCCAACCAAAGGAAAAGUGUAGAUUAUUAUGGUAAAGAUAAGGGCCACCUAAAUUUCGGGGACUAUACCCAGGUGAAUAGUAACUACCUCAGUAAGAUAAGUGAUAUGCUGGUUUCCAUGCGAAAGGAAAAGAACAGUGGUAGUGGCAAUACGGGCAUUGAACAUUAUGACGAUGCUGAGGAGGAGGAUUCAGUUUAUAGGCAGCAUUUUCUAAAUGGAGGAAAGAUGGCUGAGAAAAGAAAAUUCAUCAUGAUGAGCAGCGGAAGUGACAGUAACAAUCUGCCCUAUACAGACCCAGGGAAGUUAAUAAAGCUGGAGUUAUCCAACGAUGAGGUUCUUCACUCUUCUCAGAAUGGGAACGACAUAAAGGGGAACAAUGAUGCGGCGCUGCUUCACGCCCAUAAGUACGCACCAAAUCUAACCGAUCGGAAGGGCAAUGCGAAAGGCGACUUGCUGUUUAUGCAGAAUAGCGAAUUUUUUAACCACAUGAGUCAGGGCAAUUGUAUUGAUAAUGAAAAUGAGAAGACGAGGAAGAGGAGAAAGGGUAGCAAACGAAUCAUCGGAAAGGGAAAACAUGGUAUUGGAGACAACGCACACAAUUCUGCUGCAGGGAGCGAUAACACGGAAAGUGACGAUGACAACCAAAGUAACAUCAACAGUGCAAAUGGCAGAAACAGCCACGAACGGAAUGAUGCAAACCGAAAUAGCAACAAUGGUACUGUACGAAAGAGACUCCUGGACAGCAAAACAUAUUUUGACCUCCAUGAAAAUAGCCACCUACUUAACGGAAGUAAUGACCACCUCUUGAAUGACGAAGAUGGAAGUUACAAAAUGGACUACUCCGGAUCGGAGAUGCAGAAGAAGGGAAGUCUAACGAAUGAAUAUGAUUAUAACAGCACCUCCGACACGAACAACAACCACAGCAAUGCUUAUCAGGAGGAUGGCACGGCAACCGCGACUAGGAGCACCAACUUCACCUUGAGGGGAAGGGGAAUAAAAAACGAAGCGAAUUAUGACUCGAAUUUUCUAGGAGGGAAUGGCAUCGACUCCAAUAGUGACAUAGUGAUGAAUGGCAACAACGCGAAUAGUAGUCACCUAAAUUUGUUGAAGGAACACCAAGGAGUUGUAGCAGGAGCAGACCUUGCCACUAUGCUAGAAUAUGUUAGAAAUAAUGCCGAUAAUGCGACUGCAGGUAGUAAUACUACUACGACUAGUACCACCAUGAACACGGACUUGACCCAUAAUAAUAGCAAUAGUAAUAAUCAUAACGGCAGAGGGGGAGGCCUGCGCAAUUAUGAAAAGUACGCUUCCAACAUGGAGAAUAGAUCCAUUAACAAAAGCAAUGAGAAGCUAGAUUGCCUUAUUGACAACAACAUAAAUGUGAGAUUGCCCAAAAGUGAAAUUCUAAAUCAAGCCGCGAGCUUGCCAAAGCUGCAAGGAAUGUUCUUUGACAAAAGAAGAAAUUACUGGACCGUCAGUGUCUGCGGGUUCAGGAAAUCUUUUGGAGUUCGAACGAGAGGCGUGUACCAAGCAUACAAAUUAGCUGCCGAGUUUCGUAACCGCAUCUUAGAAACAAACAAAGGGAAAUGCUAUCCUCAGAAAAGCUCAAGUAUGUCUAGCAACUACAAAUAUAAUGUAAAAAAUACCAACAGUAAUGGACUGCUUAAAGAGGAAAAAGGAAAUUUUGCACAUGAGUCCGCUGUUCCCACUAUGGAGGAGAGUUUAAAAAAGAAAACCAUGUCCUUAUGUACCAUGGGCAGUGGUAAUAACGAUAAGGAUCUCCUUCCCGGUGGAGACCCACGAGGUGUUGUAACAGGCAUGGUAAGUGGUGCCUUUGGCGAAAAGGGAAACAACAACCUUGGAUUCGUUACCUCCAACAUUUAUGACUACCUUUGGGAUAAGAAGUCGAACGAAACUGGAGUCGUAGCCGGAAGUGGUGGCGCGUGCGCAACCAAAAGUAGUUGCAGUGCAGUUUGUGGUGCAGUCUGCACAGGAAUGUGCACCGCAAUUGGGGGAAGCACAAUUUCCGGCGGAGGUUGCAGUGGAGCUUGCGGUGAAAUCUGCUCAGGAAACUUCAGUCGAGGUAAGAAGGAGAUAAGGAACAACAGCAGCACGAACGGCGUAAGCUACGACGAAAACGUUGCCAAUUUCGAGGAUGAUAAAACGACCCCGAAUGGAAAGACUAAUAAGUGCAAUGGUGAAAAGAGGCUCGGAGGAAAUUACUGCCCAUCCAAGAAUGAAAAUGGGAUAAUGUCCAUGAUGACGGAUUCGAGUUUAAUGCACUUGUUAAACGAAGGCACAGGAGCUGCGGCAACCUUAGCCGGAGCAGAGGCAUUGCUCAAAGAGAAAAAAAAUAGCGAAUUGAAGAAAGCAAACGGACAUAAUGUGUCCUGUAGCAAUAGCGCCAUAAGCAACAGCGGUGGAAACCCAGCCAACUAUUCCCCAACACAUAUAUACGAAGUGGAAAAUAUUAACAGUAGUCAGGAUUAUUACGUGAAGGGGGAGGACGGCAAAAGUGAUUUGAACAAAUCAGAAGAUUAUAAAAAUGGCAAGAGCAACAGUUCUAGCAGCCAUGUGAGUCCAAGCAUAAAUUUGAUAAAAACUGGCAUUAACAGCGAUGAUGGGAACAAGACGGGAAAUGUGAGCUUUGCUGGACUGGACAGCGACGAUGGCCCAAACGGCCCAAACAACGGCAGCGGCAUUGGAAGUGGCAUCGGAAGCGGAAAUGCAAGGGGCGCUGGCGAGGGUAACAACAAUCUACACAAAAUAUCAACCACGUUCGGCGAACAGUUCACACGUGAGGAGCCGUACGGAAAAAAUGUCACCCAUAACGACUACGACACGCAUGCACAGAACAGUAAAGCGCUGACCGAAGUAGAGCUGCUAAAUAAAUUGAUAUCUACCAACAUCGACGAAAACUUGUGCUUUUCUUAUUCAAAUAAUAUGGCUUACCCAGGAGACGAGAACUAUGAACAUGGAAAAGAAGACCUAUACAAAACGUACAACUUCGAUGGGGAGACUAAGUCCUUCAAUUUUAGCGGACUCCUGAACGAAACUGUUGAGGAAAGAGACAUCCGAAUAAACAAAGAGGUACACAAAUGCAAAUUUGUCGAAGGGCUCAUAUAUGACGAAGCGAACAAGUGCUUUCGAAUUAAAAUUAAUGGGUAUAGGAAGGCUUACUCAGUUAUAAGGCGCGGUGUUAAGGAGGCGUACAAAUUGAGCAUCGAGGCUAUCCAACAGAUUCGCAGGCAGGCACAGGUGGGAGGACUAGGCGGCCUCGGUAUCGGCCUGAGCGGCAGCAGCCCAAGCAGUGGAAAUUUGAUCGGUGGAAAUUUCAUGGGGGGAAACCUGAACAACACGUCCGAGCAGGGACAAAUAAACUCCAACAACUUAACCCACUUUUACAACUCCAGCCCCGAAAAUUCCAGACACAGCUCGCUCUACAACUAUCAGCACAAGAACAAGCAAGAAACGCAAAACGAUUUCGCAGAUGGCAUGUUUGAAAACGCCCCCGAUGUAAACAAUAAUAAUGGCCCUACCCAAGUGGACUCGAACAGAGACGAUUGCCUGGGCGAAACGAAAAAGAUCCCAAGUGAGAAUAACGACUCCUUCCCAACACUCAACAUUGACGACAAGUAUUAUGAGCUUCUGAAAACGGCCAUCAUCAUUUGCCUGAAUGACAUUUUAAUGAAUUCCAUCCCGAAGUUGUUUAAUAUAUACAGAAACAUCAGCUCCUCGACGAACGUAAAAAUUGAAGAUGUGUUAAAUAACGAGAAGAAGAGAAAGGAGCAGUCCAUUAAGUACCACAUAGAAUACACCCAGAAUUCCAUUGGUGUCUCAUCCCUUAUUCCUUACCUUCGAUUGUUCAGUAUGGAGAUUUUAAACAACGUUCUGCCGUCAACCCAGUCCCUCGAAAUUCAGAGGCAGAUUAUCCACUCCCUCGAUUUGCAGGCCUACAACACAUCCUACUGA